AUGCUGGACAAGCAGAUGGAGUUUCGGAGGUCCCAAGGAGAAAUCAGGACAGUGAAACUUCCCAGAGCCCACACAAACAUCGGGCCUUUUCCCGGCUGCAAGAGGAAUGCCCAGUUGUCACCUCGAAAGAGCGCCGCCGUGUGCUUCUUGGAGCAGCGUUUAUUAAGGGCAGACAGCGACAGCAAACUCCUGACCAUGCGCGACAGUCUUUAUGACGGUGUCAGCGGCACUGGCGAUGGCCGCCACAAGUACCUGAAAUUGAGGGCUAAGACGAGCAUCCAGUCACGGUACGGAGAUGAUCCUGCAACAACGUCGCAGGAGUACGGGUGGAGUCGCCCGACAGGUGAAUACCGAGCAUCGCCGUAUUGUCACAAGCCCGGUGUGGCGGAAGCCUUCAAUCGGCCGUGCGGGGCGAUCACGUACAAGGACUUGCCUCUCCAGUCGAAGCCUUGA